AUGUCUACCCUGAAUGUAUUCUCGUUGCGCAACCUCAUCCGCGCUACCAUCAUCUCAUCGACUUUGCUUCUCUUUUCCUGGUAUGAUCAUGGUAGAGGUUCUGUCUCCGAUACAAUUAUGGCAAAGUGGUCUUCCAAGCGUCAUCACAAAUGCAUACCGAUACCUGGUCUGGAAGAUAUUUUGGUGAUUUUGAGAACAGGAGCCACCGAAUCACUGACCAAACUUCCUGUACACUUCAGAACAACACUCAAAUGUAUGCCACACUAUGUGGUCUACUCUGAUAUCGAAGAGAGUGUCGACGGUCAUUCUGUCGUGGAUGCCUUGGAUACAGUGAGCGACGUGUAUCAGGUCAACAAUUCUGACUUUGAACUGUACAACCGUUUGAAGAAAGAUGACAGAGCAUCUUAUGAUCUCCAAGAGCUACAGCAAUGGUCUUCUGUGCAAAACUCGGGAGCAGGCAUGAUUAACAAUCCAGCUUGGAAAUUGGACAAGUGGAAGUUGCUGCCGCUCAUCGAGAAAGCUCUUCAAUACCGACCGGACGCCAACUGGUACUUCUUUAUGGAAGCAGACACUGCCAUACUUUGGUUAAAUCUUGCAGAAUGGCUUGCCAAGUUUGACAAGACUCAACCAUACUACCUAGGAAAUCAACAACAGAUUGGAGACGUAGUGUUCGGUCACGGUGGCUCUGGAUUCGCAAUUUCCAAACCCGCCAUGCAAGCCGCUGCUGAGAAGUUCCGAAACAAUCGCGAUGAGUAUGAAGAGUUCACUGCCAAUCACUGGGCAGGCGACUGCGUACUGGGAAAAUUGUUAAAGGACGCCGGCAUCUCUUUGACAUGGACGUGGCCGAACCUGCAGAAUGCACCAAUAUCCUCUGUCAAAUAUACGGCGAACGGUUACUCUAAAAGACUAUGGUGUCACAGAGCGGUCAGCUACCAUCACAUGGCACCCGAAGAGAUCGAACCUGUCUGGCAAUUUGAACAACAAUUGCUCGGGCGUAACGAGUCGUGCUCGUUGAAAUAUAAGGAUGUUUUCGAACGCUUCGUCCUACCGUACCUGCAGCCUUCCAAAGAUGAUUGGGACAAUCUGAGUGCAGAACAUGUCGAUUUGCAAGCCGGCGUAGACUUGUUCGAAGCUUGCAAGGAUGAGUGUAUGAGGAGAGAAGAAUGUCUACAGUUUUCUGUCAAAGAGAAGAGCUGUCAUGUCUCUUCCGAUGUUAAAUUAGGACGGCCGUUUCAAGAGCCUGCUGGGACGAUAUUGCAGUCUGGUUGGAUCCUAGAUCGAAUUGAUGCUUUCGUGCGGGACAUGGAAGCUUGUGGAGGAGAUCAGGAAUGGGCGCUAUAG